GUGUGUCGGGUCCUCAUGCUGAACGCGGCGCUGAAGCCCGCUCUGUGCGCUGCGAAAACGGCCAAAUAACGGGCUCCACAGAGCUGCGGCUUCCGUCAAGCCUGUUGAGGUGAUUUAUUCCGAAAUAGCGGGUCGAACAGCGGAGUACAAACUCGUCCUGUACAGUCCAGAGCGACGAUGUCGGAGUUCCUGGUAAGUCUGCUCGGAGAGCGGCUCGUGACCGGAGAGAAAGCCGAGGUGGACGUGCACGCGCUGGGCAGCGGGCUCGCGCUCGUCGGCCUGUACUUCGGCUGCAGCGUGAACGCGCCGUGCCGCCAGUUUAACAGCAGCCUGGCAGACUUCUACUGCCAGUUCAAAACCUCCUCCGAGCACAAGGACAAACUGGAAAUCGUCUUCAUCUCGUCCGAUCAGGAGCAGAAACACUGGCAGGACUUCGUGCAGGAGAUGCAAUGGCCGGCUUUGCCUUUUAAAGACAGACACAAAAAGAUGAAGCUGUGGAACAAGUACAAGGUAACCAGUAUCCCCUCACUGGUGUUUAUCGAUGCAACAACGGGGAAGGUGGUGUGUCGCAACGGUUUACUUGUAGUAAAAGAUGACCCUAAAGGUCUGGAGUUCCCAUGGGGGCCGAAGCCGUUUGCAGAGGUGGUGGCCGGACCCCUGCUCAGUAACAACAGGCAGACGACAGACAGCAGCACCCUGGAGGGCUCCUAUGUGGGGGUUUACUUUUCUGCUCACUGGUGCCCUCCCUGCCGAAGUCUGACCCGAGUGCUGGUGGAGUCUUAUCGGAAGGUGAAAGAGUCUGGAAACAAGUUUGAGAUAGUGUUUGUGAGCGCUGACAGGUCAGAAGAUUCCUUUAUGCAGUAUUUCAGCGAGAUGCCAUGGCUGGCAGUGCCAUACGCAGAUGAGGCCAGGAGAUCUCGCCUCAACAGACUCUAUGGCAUACAAGGAAUCCCCACACUGAUUUUGCUGGACACGGAGGGUCACAUGAUCACGCGGCAGGGCCGAGUGGAGGUGCUCAAUGACCCAGAAUGCCAUCUUUUCCCCUGGCAUCCGCGGCCUGUGCUCGAGCUCAGCGAGUCCAAUGCAGUGCAGCUCCAUGAAGGCCCCUGCCUUGUUCUCUUCGUAGACGCAGAGGAGGAGGGCGAGCUGGAGCCAGCAAAAGAGCUCAUCCAGCCAAUUGCUGAGAAGAUCAUGGCCAAGUACAAAGCCAAGGAUGAGGAAACCCCGCUGCUCUUUUUUGUGGCAGGAGAGGACGACAUGAGCGACUCUCUGCGGGAUUAUACCAACCUGCCUGAGGCGGCGCCACUGCUCACCAUCCUGGAUAUGUCAGCCCGCGCCAAGUACGUCAAAGACGUUGAGGAGAUCACGCCGGCCGUGGUGGAGCAGUUUGUCAGUGACUUUCUAGCCGAGAAACUCAAACCAGAGCCGAUAUAAAGCUGGACGGUAGUACCAGUAUCUCCCAUCACUUCCCUUCAGUCCUCCUGUAAGACUCUGACAUGCUUCACUUUGUACUGACUUUUUUUUUUUUUUUUUUUUUUUUUAAACAAACCCCACAAACACCUACCCCACAUCCCGGAAGCCCUCCUUUCUCUCCUGUGGUGCCUUGCAUACUUACAGCCUGGAUGGUGAAAUCUCAUGAAAAGAUGAUUCUGAUGUGGCAGUACAUGUCAUGUCUCAGAAUGCAAAUGAAACCCCAGAGUACACUUGGAUAAAAAAAAAACUUGUUUAAUUUUAUUAAAUAUGAAUAAGACAUGUCUUUUAUUCUCACAUAAAUGCUUACAGUAAGAAAAUUCCUGGUGCAUUUCUAGGGACUGCAGCAAGAAUAGGCUGCACGUCUUCUGUCCUUAUCGGUGCUGAUUCUUGAUAUUUGCUGCAACAUUUUUUUUUUUCUCCAAUUCCAGUACACUUCUGUGGAUUUUCUGUGAAGGUCCCAUUUAAUAAAAAGCAGUCCAAUUUCGAAGGCAUACAAUAGCAUUUACCAAGUUUCCACUCUAAAUGUAGGCAUUCAUUAGUGUACAGCUUUUGUCUCUCCGUCAUUGUGUUUCUGCUGAGAAACCCUGGCCAUUAAAACUGACUGUCUCA